AUGUUAAUUAGACAAUUGAUUAUCAAGCAUGCUGUUGUGGAGGAAUUGGCAGAGCUAGGCGCCAUUGUGUAUACAUGCUCCAGGAAUGAAACAGAGCUUAAUCAAUGCAUAAGUGGAUGGGAAAAGAAAGGUUUCAAAGUGAGUGGUUCAGUGUGCGAUGUAUCAUCUCGAGCUGAACGGGAAAAGCUAAUGAAGCAAGUGUCUUCACUAUUUAAUGGCAAACUUAACAUCCUUAUAAACAACGUUGGGACAAAUAUAUACAAACCGACUGAAGAGUUCAAUGCUGAAGAUUUCUCAUUUCUCUUGACUACCAAUUUGGAGUCUGCUUACCACUUGUCUCAACUUGCACAUCCUCUUCUGAAAGCUUCAGGCUCAGCAAGCAUUAUCUUCAUGUCUUCGGUUGCUGGUGUUGUAUCUGUAAACGCAGGAUCCAUAUAUGCUGCUACAAAAGGAGCCAUGAAUCAACUUGCAAAAAAUUUGGCAUGUGAAUGGGCAAAACACAACAUAAGGACCAAUUCUGUGGCACCUUGGUGCAUCAGAACUCCCUUAGCUGAAGAUUAUCUGAGUAAUGAGAGAUUCAUGGAGGAAGUAAUACGCCGAACUCCAAUGGAACGCGUGGGGGAGCCAAAGGAGGUGUCAUCUUUGGUAGCGUUCCUUUGCCUACCUGCAGCCUCUUACAUAACUGGACAGACCAUUUGCGUAGAUGGAGGCUUUACUGUCAAUGGCUUCUUCUUCCCACAUUAA